UAUAGCUCCGGCCUCUUCCCCAGCUUCACUCUGCAGCUGACCCAGGCAGAGAAGUAGUCCUUUGCUUCUGCACCAGUUGUGAAACCUCAAAGGCCUAAGACCCCAGAGCCAUGCAGGGUCUCGGGACUCUGUUCCUGCUGCUGACAGCCUCUCUGGCUUCAAAGGCUGACCCAGUGGAAACACUUCCAGACAUCCAGGUUCAGGAGAAUUUCAGCGAGUCUCGGAUCUAUGGAAAAUGGUUCAACCUGGCGAUAGGCUCCACCUGCCCGUGGCUGAGGAAGAUUAAGGACAAGAUAAGCAUGAGCACACUGGUGCUGCAAGAAGGAGAGACAGAAGCAGAGAUCAGUGUGUCCAGCACCCGAUGGCGGAGAGGUGUCUGCGAGGAGAUCUCCUGGACCUAUGAGAAGACAGACAUCGAUGGAAAGUUCCUCUCCUACAAUCCUAAAUGGAAUGCAACCUUGGAAACCUAUGUGGCCCACACCAACUAUGACGAGUAUGCCAUCUUCCUCACCAAAAAGUUCACCCGGGACCAUGGACCCACCAUCACUGCCAAGCUCUAUGGCCGGGAGCCACAGCUGAGGGACAGCCUUCUGCAGAAGUUCAGGGAGGUGGCCCUGGGUGUGGGCAUCCCUGAGAACUCCAUCAUUUUUAUAGCUGACAGAGGGGAAUGCGUCCCCGGGGAUCUGAAGCAAGAGCCCACCUCACUUCCGGGUACAAGGAGCUAAUGCAGAGCUGAAGGAGCCGGUCUGCAAGCCACAUGGUGGCCACUAUCCCUCCCAGUGUGGGCUGGCCCAGGUGGUCUGGACCCCAAUAAAACAAGCUGUCAACUCUGUG